AUGGCAUCAACAGGUCUCCAGCUGCUGGGCCUGAUUCUAACCGUGCUGGGUUGGGUGUUCGGGGCGUUGGUGUGCGCCGCUCCGCUGUGGCGUGUGUCUGCCUUCGUGGGCGGAGAGCUGGUGAUCGCCCAGGUGCUGUGGGAGGGACUGUGGAUGAACUGCCUGUCGCAGACCACAGGCCAGAUCCAGUGUAAGACCUAUGACUCCACCCUGGCCCUGCCCUCAUCCGGCCAGGCGGCCCGGGGCCUCACCGUCCUCUCCCUGCUCCUCUGCCUUCUGGCCCUCAUGCUUGGGGUCGCUGGGGCCAAGUGCACUCACUGCAUGGGCGAUGCUAACCAGGCCUCCAAGGCUCGGCUGGCCAGGUUAUCAGGGGUGCUCUUCCUCGUGGCUGGCCUUGCCUACUUGAUACCCAUCUGUUGGACGGCCCAUGCCAUCAUCAGGGACUUCUAUGACCCAAACGUUGCAGCUCCCCUAAAGAGAGAGCUGGGACCGGCGUUGUACCUCGGCUGGGGGGCCAGUCUGCUGCUCCUGGUGGGGGGCUCGCUGCUGCACGUUGGGUCUUCUCCACCAGGAGGAAGGGUGCUGCCUGUUUUAGGUGGAGCGACAAAGGACAACCCACAUACUGGGGCAGCAGGAGAGGGGAAGCAACCGGAAAAAUCGUUUGUAUGAGAUCAUUUAUUGGACAUGCGAGUUAUGAUCAAACUCAGAGGUCAUGUCCUCGUCAGGCAAACUUCUAGAAACUGCAACAACACGACAUACAAGGGGAUUAUGAGCCUGUAA